UUUGCGAAGCAGCGCCAUCUAAAUCGCCCUUUUGUUUCUAUAUGACUUUUACGCCUUCAGCCCAGUUAAUUUGUAAUUUGAUGUUUUUGUUUCCGGAAACGCGGAAAGACAUGUUUUAUAAUCGUACCACCAGGUAUUUGUGAUAUCUGGGCACCCCGGGCCCGGGGCGGUUGCUUGUAGUAUUCUGUCCGCCUUGCCUGCCUCCACUCUACUACUGCUGAAAUACUUCCCGUACUUUAUUUUUCUACUUUCGCUUCGGCUUAGCCGCAAAUUUGAAGAACUUCGCCACUCGCCAGUCGCGACUUUUGGUUUUUCACUGAACUUGACGACUUGUCCCAUUCUCGAUACAAGAUUAAAACCGAAGUUUCUUACAUUUCCGAAGGUGUUGACCAUUGUCUUCGACGUGGAAUAAUCCAUAGGGGAAACGAUAAAGGAAACCUGUAACUGCUAUCGAAGAACUAUGGAAGGACAAGGGGAUUCUGUUAUGACGGAGUCGAAGAACCCGAGCAAAUCGAUGCUGAAUGGAAAUCCGGUCGCGGAUGGAGACGCAGAAAAGGACAUGACUUCAAAGGAUUACUAUUUCGACUCUUAUGCCCAUUUCGGCAUUCAUGAGGAAAUGCUAAAAGACACCGUUCGAACCCUGGCUUACCGCGAUGCUUUUGCCAUGAAUGAGCAUUUAAUCCAGGGGAAAGUAGUUCUGGAUGUGGGUUGUGGCACCGGUAUCCUGUCCAUGUUUGCCGCUCGUGCCGGUGCAAAGAAAGUGUAUGCCAUUGACUGCUCGAACAUCGUACAUUCGGCGCGGCAAAUCGUGAAGGAUAACAAACUGGACCACAUUGUUACGGUAAUCCAGGGGAAGGUUGAAGAACUAGAACUGCCGGACGGAUGUCAGAAAGUUGAUAUUAUUGUCAGCGAGUGGAUGGGCUACUGUUUGUUAUAUGAAGCUAUGAUUGAUACGAUAAUUUAUGCGCGCGAUAAAUGGCUGGCACCAGAUGGUAUCAUGUUUCCCGAUCGUGCCCAAAUGUAUAUUUGUGCCAUCGAAGAUCGUGAUUACAAAGAGGACAAAAUUAACUGGUGGAAAAAUGUUUAUGGAUUUGAUAUGACGCAUAUGCGAAAUCACGCCUUAUCUGAGCCGCUGGUAGAUACAGUGGACGCGCGUCAGAUUGUUACGAACCACAGUAUGCUGAUUGAUAUUGACAUGUAUAAAGUAACGGUCGCCAACAAAACUUUUGGCGUGGAUUUCGAUUUGGUGGCCAAACGGGAUGAUUACAUUCAUGCGCUUGUUGUAUGGUUUUCUGUGGAUUUCACGCGCUGCCACCGUAACAUUCGCCUUACUACCUCUCCUGAAUCUGAUUAUACCCACUGGAAGCAAACUGUGUUUUAUUUGGACCGGUAUCUCCCCAUUAAACGGGGAGAGCGAUUGUUUGGGAAAUUUGCCGUUAGUCCAGGCAAACAAAAUGUCCGGGAUCUGGAUUUCGAUGUCGAAAUCAACUUCCAAGGACAACACGGCUAUCUGCAUUCGAAACAGAGUUUCAAGAUGCGUUGAAUGCCGUGACUGUCCUAACCGGUCGCUAAUUUUCGUCUGAUUUGCUGAUGUACUUAUUUCAGCGUUAUUCUCUGCUAUCUCCAGCUGAUAUUAUCUGUGUUUAGGAUUUGGGUUACUAGAUACAUUCGCUGCUGCAUCUGGCUGGAUGCACGUAUUGUUAACACCCGUUUACAGUUGUUUUGUUUUUGGGAGAUAUUGUUGAAGAAACAACGAACUGCUGUUGAAGUGUUUGUAUCGUCAUAAAAUUCGCUGCACCAUUA